CACCCAUUAUCCAGUAUCUCCGCCACAAGGCGCCUCUGGUGCACCACUGUUUCGACUGUUUCUUGUGUUGUUUUUUGCGCAACCGGCUCUCGCGCUUCAAACCACGUGUAGGCCAUUGUAAUAUCGUAAUAUGUUACCACUCCACGUAAUAGAGUUGAUCGCGCGUAACUAGGCCGAGGUCACUACAAAUUUUCCCGAUUCCAAGGCGGCACGACCUUGGCAUUAUUGGGAUGGAGUUGAAUGCUAUAACUGGCACGCUGGAUGAGAUCCUGAGCCCAUACGCGAUAGAAGUUCAUCCUUUUAAGGUAUCGUGGUACAACGAGUGUGUGCCGGGACAGUUCAAAUUUGUUCACCAUCCUGAUACUUUGUGCUAUGUUGCGGUCAGUACACCAUCAACAUUCGAAAAAGCCUUCCUGCCCUUAGUCCUCAGCAGUGAAGGGUUGGCACUCAAGGAUCCCUUUGAUGAGUGCAUGACUCUCUGCUUCUCCAGAGUGAAAGAGGUAUUUCCAGAAGGAUAUGUACAAGUGAUUCAGGACUUUGAACUCCAUCCAAACCGUCGCCCUAAGGCGCUCAUGCAGACGGCCAGUCAUGUGUCGGGUGCAGCUUACUACUACACGUGCAAAGGGGUAGACUUCCAAGACGUUUCCCCAAAGGAUAAAAAACUGCUGGGCGUCUGCAUCCACCCAAAGUACGGAGGCUGGUUUGCCCUACGUGCGGUCCUGCUCUUCCCAGAGGUGCAGGUGCCCCACCUGGAACGACGACAGCCCAUCGACGUAGUAGGCACGUUCGAGCGGAGGCUGGAGCUGCUCAAGCUCUUCAACUUUCACUGGAGGGACGGCCGCUAUAGGGACAUUGUUGAAGUGCAAGAAAAGUAUUCGGACAAGCAGCGAGAGUAUUUUGCUGCCACUCCGGGGCAACGCUGGACCCUCAUCGAGAAGUGGCGACGUGAGACCCGCAACGUUGCUUGAACGAGGUCCCAUUCAUUGUUCAGUGCAAGAUCAGUCAUGGGGAGGAAAAUCCGAGUACACUUUCCUCGAACCAUUUUUAGCACCGGUGAAUGCGCGAUUCACGUGCCUCCAAAAACCACAUCCGUGUGUUUGUUGUAUGUGUUCACUUUGCAUGUUAAUUUAAGCAUCACCAAAGCAUGGUAGAGACACAUUUCUUGCAACAUGCUUUUGAGAAGUCCAGUGCCCGCUUCUACGAACAUUGAGAAGAUUCCUCAGUGGUGCCCUCAGUAGUUUCUGUAGUACUUCAGGCAUGCGCUAUUGUCCUCAACGUUCCCCACGACUCCCUCAAUUUUAACAGAACUUCCCUAGCGUACCAGAGAUCCCUGGAGCGCGCCUGCUUCUCGUGGGCUACAUCUAUGGGCUAUGGGAAGAAAUAUGUCGAUACCUGGGUUUCCGACCACUUUGUUACAAGCGGUACUUCUGCAAAAAGAACGUGAACAAAAAAAACUGAGAGAUUAAUGCUGGCUACACCAGUUCACUGUUUAUGCACCCAAGAAACUGCAUUAAAAUGAUGCAGUCACCUGGACUUGGAACAUAAGAAUCUCUGCUACCUGUGAUAUCUCUAAGCCCUAGAGGCCCCCAUUCAAUACAUAUGAGCGCACAUUGUGUGGCCAGCUAAUAGCAGCAUGUGAUAGUGUGUGAGAAUCCAUUUUGGAUUGGGAGGCAGUAUAACUUGUUUGUGCAACAUAAUAUACAUAUCAAACGUGGAGAUUCAGAGAUUCAAAGUAUGUCUUACAUAAGGAGAUUAUAUGUUGUUGCUUUUUUCCAUGUUGAAAGUGAAAGAAUGCCCAUGUUUGUUGUUAUUUUUGGAGAGUAUGUACAUAGUGUUGAAAUGAUACGUAGGUGUGGUAAGUGGAAUUUGCACUGCAGCUCCUUGAUGAGAAAAAAAUCAAAAGGACUGGAAAAUGUCAGGGUUCCCCCAACCCUGAAAGUGGCAUUUUCAAAAGCUAGGGGGAACCAUGUAGGUAGUGGUCUGUCAUUGCUCCUUUAAAGUAGAGAGGCAGUAGUUUCAAUUAGCAAAAAUCUAAAUGUGUUACUCAAUCCGUACCUAAAAUGGUUAGGAACAAGGGGAUAUGCAUAGGAAGUACCCAUUUUAGGUGCAGCCCGGUAAAAUGCCUGUGGAAGCAUGUUACUUGUCUGACUAUGGCUAGAAUAAAGAAACCUGUUGAACCAACAUAAAA